GGGGAGGGGACGUGGGGAACCUGUGCACACCUGGGGCGCGAGGCGGUGGCUUUGGGGGAGACCCGGGCGCGGCGCCCGGAGGUCUUAAGCAGGGCCCGGCCGAUUGGGCCCUGGGGGCUUGAAGGAGAGGGGCGUCUGGGAGUGCAGGAAGCAAACUGGUUGCCUGGGGUGCAGGAGGGACAGGUUGUUCGUGCUGUGCAGGAGACAUUCCUGGACCGGAAGGGGUCCCAGCCGGGAGCGGUUCCCCCAGGGGGCCCCGGGACUCGAAAGCGCAGACGGAGAAGGAGGUGGUAGCCAGGAUUCUCCCAUCAGUACAAAGGAUGUAGGGGCGCGCGGGGCGUGGGCAUCUGCGAACACAAACGCUGCUGUAAGCUGCCCCCUGAGGACAGGCAGUGACCUGCAGGAUCUUCUGCUACCUGGGCCUGGGCUUCACUGAAAGUCGCUGAAAGCAGAAGAGGCUGGGGAGCAGCAGCAUGCAGCCCGAGGAGGGCACAGGCUGGCUUCUGGAGCUACUGUCUGAGGUGCAGCUCCAACAGUACUUCCUGCGGCUCCGUGACGACCUCAAUGUGACCCGUCUGUCCCACUUCGAGUAUGUCAAGAACGAGGACCUGGAGAAGAUUGGCAUGGGCCGGCCUGGCCAGCGGCGGCUGUGGGAGGCUGUGAAGAGAAGGAAGGCCCUGUACAAGCGCAAGUCGUGGAUGAGCAAGGUGUUCAGUGGAAAGCGGCUGGAGGCUGAGUUCCCCCCUCACCACUCCCAGAGCACCUUCCGGAAGCCCUCGCCUACCCCCGGGGGCCCCGCAGUUGAGGGGCCCCUACAGAGCCUCACCUGCCUCAUCGGGGAGAAGGACUUGCGCCUCCUGGAGAAGCUGGGGGACGGCUCCUUCGGCGUGGUGCGCAGGGGAGAGUGGGAUGCGCCCUCCGGCAAGACGCAGGUGAGUGUGGCCGUGAAGUGCCUGAAACCUGACGUGCUGAGUCAGCCUGAGGCCAUGGAUGACUUCAUCCGGGAGGUCAAUGCCAUGCACUCUCUUGACCACCGGAACCUGAUCCGUCUCUACGGUGUGGUGCUCACGCCACCCAUGAAGAUGGUGACAGAGCUGGCUCCCUUGGGAUCCCUGUUGGACCGGCUGCGGAAGCACCAGGGUCACUUCCUCCUGGGGACUCUGAGCCGCUACGCUGUACAGGUGGCUGAAGGCAUGGGCUACCUGGAGUCCAAGCGCUUUAUUCACCGUGACCUGGCCGCCCGCAAUCUACUGCUGGCUACACGUGACUUGGUCAAGAUCGGGGACUUUGGACUGAUGCGAGCCCUGCCCCAGAAUGACGACCACUAUGUCAUGCAGGAACAUCGCAAGGUGCCAUUUGCCUGGUGCGCCCCCGAGAGCCUGAAGACCCGCACCUUCUCCCAUGCCAGCGACACUUGGAUGUUUGGGGUCACGUUGUGGGAGAUGUUCACCUAUGGCCAAGAGCCCUGGAUCGGCCUCAACGGCAGCCAGAUCCUGCACAAGAUUGACAAGGAGGGGGAGCGCCUGCCGCGGCCCGAGGACUGCCCCCAGGACGUCUACAAUGUCAUGGUCCAGUGCUGGGCGCACAAGCCUGAGGACAGACCCACGUUUGUGGCCCUGCGGGACUUCCUGCUGGAGGCCCAGCCCACUGACAUGCGGGCCCUGCAGGACUUCGAGGAGCCAGACAAGCUGCACAUCCAGAUGAAUGAUGUCAUUACUGUCAUCGAGGGAAGGGCUGAGAACUACUGGUGGCGAGGGCAGAACACGCGGACGCUGUGUGUGGGGCCCUUUCCUCGCAACGUGGUGACCUCCGUGGCUGGCCUGUCAGCGCAGGACAUCAGCCAGCCCCUGCAGAACAGCUUCAUCCACACAGGGCAUGGGGACAGCGACCCCCGCCACUGCUGGGGCUUCCCUGACCGCAUCGAUGAACUGUACCUGGGGAACCCCAUGGACCCCCCUGACCUGCUGAGUGUGGAGCUGAGCACCUCCCGGCCCAGCCAGCAUCUGGGAAGGGUGAAAAGGGAGCCUCCACCUCGCCCUCCUCAGCCUGCCGUCUUUACUCCGAAGCCCACCUACGACCCUGUGAGUGAGGACCCAGACCCCCUGGCCAGUGACUUCAAGAGGCUGGGUCUGCGAAAGCCGGGCCUGCCCCGGGGGCUGUGGCUGUCGAGGCCCUCAGCCCGGGUCCCAGGCACCAAGGCAGGCCGUGGUGGGGGCGGUGAGGUCACCCUCAUCGACUUCGGCGAGGACCCCGUGGUCCCCGCCCCGCGGCCCUGCGCACCUUCCCUGGCGCAGCUGGCCAUGGAUGCCUGCUCCUUGCUGGACAAGACUCCUCCUCAGAGCCCCACCCGGGCCCUGCCGCGCCCCCUGCACCCCACUCCCGUGGUGGACUGGGACGCACGCCCGCUGCCCCCACCCCCUGCCUAUGACGAUGUGGCCCAGGAUGAGGACGACUUCGAGGUCAGCUCCAUCAACAGCACACUGGGGGGCUCUGAGCUGGGCCCUGGGCCCUGCCGGGGUGAGACCAAUCACGCCUUUGUGCCUGAGCCCGAGCGGCACCCCCUGGCACUGGAGGACAACUUGUUCCUGCCCACCCGGAGUGGGGGCCCACCGCCCAGCUCGGCACAGACUGCCCAGAUCUUCCAGGCACUGCAGCAGGAGUGCAUGCGACAGCUGCAGGUCCCCACGGGCUCUCUGGUCCCCUCGUCUGGCCCCGUGGGUGAUGACAAACCCCAGGUGCCACCUCGGGUGCCCAUCCCCCCGAGGCCCACACGCCCCAGGGUUGAGCUGUCUCCAGCCCCCUUGGGAGAGGAGGAGCUGGGCCGCUGGCCUGGACCUGUGUCCCCUCCUCGGGUGCCUCCCCGGGAGCCCCUGUCCCCGCAAGGCUCAAGGACCCCCAGCCCCAUGGUGACGCCUGGCAGCUCCCCGCUGCCAUCCCGGCUCUCGAGCUCACCCGGGAAGACCAUGCCUACCACCCAGAGCUUUGCCUCCGACCCCAAGUAUGCAGCCCCUCAAGUGAUCCAGGCUCCUGGCCCCCGGGCAGGGCCCUGCAUCCUGCCCAUUGUACGCGAUGGCCGGAAGGUCAGCAGCACCCACUACUACCUGCUGCCCGAACGCCCUCCCUACCUGGAGCGCUACCAGCGCUUCCUCCGGGAGGCUCCAAGUCCCGAGGAGCUGGCCCUGCAGUCCUUGCCACUGCUGCCACCGCCCAGCACCCCAGCCCCCGCAGCCCCCACCGCCACUGUGCGGCCCAUGCCCCAGGCCGCCCCCGACCCCAAGGCCAACUUCUCUACCAACAACAGCAACCCUGGUGUGCAGCCACCUGCCUCACAGAGGGGCUGCCCAGGGGAUGGGCCAGCGGACAAGGUCCAGAUGCUGCAGACCAUGGUGCACGGGGUGACCACAGAGGAGUGCCAGGCCGCCCUGCAGUGCCACGGCUGGAGCGUGCAGAGGGCUGCCCAGUAUCUGAAGGUGGAGCAGCUCUUUGGGCUGGGGCUGCGGCCGAGAUUGGAGUGUCACAAAGUGCUGGAGAUGUUUGACUGGAACCUGGAGCAGGCUGGCUGCCAUCUCCUGGGCUCCUGUGGCCCUGCCCACCACAAAAAGCCAUUCGGGGAUGAUGAGCGCCGGUCACUGCCUAGAGCUGGGGAUGUUCGGCCUCUGCCUGGCACCGCCAGCCUGUGCUCACGGGACUUGGGCUCUCCCUGCGCAGGCGCUGAGUGCAUCUGGAGGCUGAGGGUCUGCCCUGAAGAAAUGAUGUGAGCUGUCCAUGUGCCGGGGUGGGGAGGGCCCAAGGGCCCGCCCAGGCUGGAGGACCCGCUGUCGCCAGUCGUUCCCAGUGACCAAGAGAGGCCCAGGCGGGUGCCCACCCUGCCCAUCUCCUUUGCCCGGUGCUGUCCCUGCUCACUUUGGUUCAGUCCUCGGUGCUCCCAGCAGGAGGUGGGAAGGGCCCUGUGAACCGGCCAGGAUGUCCGAGGCUGGGCCAGGCCCUGCCCUGGGGACCAGACUGAGAGAAGCCGGCAUGACCCAGUGCAAGAUGUGUGCCCACGCAGAGAGGCGCCCACACCCGCAUGUCCUCAUCGGGGCUGGGCACUGUCCGGGAGCCCCGCAGGCAGGGGUCGGGCAGCGUGUAACUGCGCCUGCUGCGGGCUGUGGACGUGUUAGGGGCUUGGCCCACCUUAGGAUCUUGUGCCUGGAAACAGCCAGGAUGGCUCAGGAAGUGGAGAAGAGGUGCCAGACUGUUUUCUGGCAGGGACCAGGGCCCAAGGCCCCAGGGUUGGAAGGAGACCAAGGGGCAGCUGCCCUAGAGGGACACCAGUGCUUCCUGUCUGCACCCAGCUCUUCCUCUGCGCCAUUGUUUCCCACCAGCCUCUGUCGCCAAAGCUGCUGCCCCAGCUAUCAAUAUCUGCUUCUUUCAGAGAAAUAAAGUUAGUUUCUAUUUUA